CGCAGGGCUCUGUAUCUACGUGGCCAUUUUAAGUGAUUGGAAAACGAAUAGUUGUGGUUAACUUUUUUUAAAUUGUGUUCAAUAAUUUUAAAUACAAUUAAAUAGAAAAAAGCAUAUAAAAGUGCUCCUUUUUAACUAACCACUUUUGGCACCUAAGCGUAUUUAAAUAUUUCAUAAAUUCCAAAGCAGGUGUGAUAAUUUUUGUCACAAAAAUAAUUCUUACGUUCUUCGUACGGUGUUGGUUGAAAUUCCUUUGUCGUCGAAACUAGUGAAAAACGUGAUUUUCGUGAAACGAGACAAGAAAAAAGAAAGCGUAAAAAUAUUAUAAUUCAAGUAAAGAAGAGGGAAUGUGUAACAAAAAAUAGAAAGGUGUAAAAAAUAUUUUAAAAAAUAGUUUAAAAAAGAACCAAAUAGCAGAGGAAGUUGAAAUUUUUCAAGAAACGUGUCUCCGUCUGUUACUGAAUCCAACGAAGUAGCAGAAACGCAGUGGUGGACAGGAGUCAACAGAAAAGAAAGAAGAAAGCAUAGGAAAAUUAUCGAAGGUUACCUCUACUAGCUCUUAACCCAACCGCCUAAGUGCAAGAAGAAGCAAAGAGAGUUAAGAAGAGAGUGCGUGUUUUGAAAAGUAAGUCGACAAAUAAAAAUAAAAAAUUUAAGAAAUUUCACAAUGGCUCAGGAUAAUGCGGAAAUGUCCACAAAAUUCUCCACAUUAAAUGUAAAUGCUGCUGAAUUUGUACCAAGUUUUACUAGUUUCAGUGCUGCCGCUAGUACUACUCCCUUAAGUAGUGACAACACACCGGCAGCAGCUACAAUUGCCCACAUGGACACAGCCAGCGUGCCAGCUUCUGCCAGCGGCACUCCUGCCACCACACCUAAUUCGGAGGCAUCCGGUUCAGGUUCCACAAACGCUCUCAAUCAGGCCGACGUACCGCCAGCGGAAUCACCCAUGCAAACGUCACCCAUAAAGACUGCGGCCGCAGCUGCACCAGUAGAAAAUAUCAACACAGCCGAUAAAAUUGCAGCCAAUAAUGGUAAUGAAAACGAUCCAGCUGAUAGUUGGGAUGUUGAAGAUGAUCCUGUAAUAACACCCGAUGAUGAGGAUCUAGAUGAAAAUGACGAUACUGAAGGUGAGGCUACACCAAAAGUGUCCAAGAAGAAAUUACCAAAAGUUGAAGAGUCACGAAGCAAAAAAGAACACGUAAAUGUUGUAUUCAUUGGUCAUGUUGAUGCUGGUAAAUCAACAAUUGGUGGCCAAAUUAUGUCUUUAACUGGUAUGGUAGAUAAACGUACUUUAGAAAAAUACGAACGUGAAGCUCGUGAAAAAUCUCGUGAAAGUUGGUAUCUAUCAUGGGCUUUGGAUACAAAUCAAGAGGAACGUGACAAAGGUAAAACUGUGGAAGUGGGUCGUGCCUAUUUCGAAACGGAACGUAAACAUUUCACCAUACUCGAUGCUCCUGGUCACAAGAGUUUCGUACCCAAUAUGAUUGGUGGCGCUGCUCAGGCUGAUUUAGCUGUUCUUGUUAUAUCGGCGAGAAAAGGUGAAUUCGAAACUGGUUUCGAUCGUGGUGGGCAGACACGCGAACAUGCUAUGUUGGCUAAAACCGCUGGUGUUAAACAUUUAGUAGUGCUGGUCAAUAAAAUGGACGAUCCUACGGUCAAUUGGGAUGAGGCUCGUUACAACGAAUGCAAAGACAAGAUCCUUCCUUACCUCAAAAAAUUAGGUUUUAACCCCGCCAAGGAUUUAACCUUUAUGCCAUGCUCAGGCUUAAGUGGAGCCGGUCUACGUGAUGUUAUACCCGACUCAAUAUGUCCCUGGUAUAGUGGGCCUGCUUUCAUUCCCUUCAUUGAUUUGUUGCCUUCACUUAAUCGCAAAGCUGAUGGUCCCUUCAUUAUGCCCAUUGUCGAUAAAUACAAGGAUAUGGGUACAGUUGUAAUGGGUAAAGUUGAAUCGGGUACUGCGCGAAAAGGUCAAAAUUUAUUGGUGAUGCCAAAUAGAACACAAGUAGCUGUUGAUCAACUUUGGUCGGAUGAUGAUGAAGUAACAUCUGUGGGUCCUGGUGAAAAUGUUAAAAUUAAACUGAAGGGUAUUGAAGAAGAAGAUGUUUCUCCUGGUUUCGUUUUGUGUGACGCUUCUAAUCCUAUUAAAACCGGCAAAGUUUUCGAUGCUCAAGUUGUUAUUUUAGAGCAUAAAUCAAUUAUCUGUGCUGGUUAUUCAGCUGUUAUGCAUAUACAUUGUGCAGCCGAAGAAGUUACCGUUAAAGCCCUCAUCUGCUUGGUUGACAAAAAAACCGGCGAUAAAUCAAAAUCACGUCCAAGAUUCGUUAAACAAGAUCAAGUGGCAAUUAUGAGAAUUGAAUGUUCCGGAAUGAUUUGCUUAGAACAAUUUAAACUAUUCCCACAAAUGGGAAGAUUUACUCUUAGAGAUGAAAAUAAAACUAUUGCUAUUGGCAAAGUAUUGAAGGUGAUCGAGUAAAUUGAGCCAAGCUUAAUUUUUUUUUUUUAAUUUUUCUUGAGUGCUUCAAGCCCCGCCUUUUUAAUAAAAAAACAAACAAA